AUGCCGGCGGUACAUGUGGCAUAUGUGGUCCAUGUGCCUGAUGAUAACGAUGCCACCAGUUACGAUGUUCAGAUAACGCAACUACAACUGCGCACCUUAAUGGACUCCCCAAUGGAGCCACCUGUCGACAUCGCAACAGCGCAGUUGAUGAUUCCUAUACUGCAACGACCGAGCAAGAAACGAUGCUGUAAUACCAUAUCUAGUAUACUUCAAGGGCCCACUGAGAUGUGCGAGCUGGAAGGAAACAUUCAGCGUGCCAUGGAAGAAACCCCGCCUGAGAACCCAAAGGAAUUCUUUAUUAAAUACAUGAUGCAGAACCUAAACAGUCAAAACUAUCCUGAUGGCUUGGGUCUUCCUUCUCGUUGGGGAACAUUUUGA